GGUGGGGCCAGCGGGGGCCCAGAAACAACGUAUGAAAAGCUCUUUUUCAGCCAGCUACACAAAGCGGGCUUUGCAUUCGGAGAAACAAUGUUCGCACAAUUGCAUUCAGAGCUGCCUCGUGGUGCUAACGACGCCAUUGCUGGACAAUGAAUCCUGGUCUAUGGGGCUGUCUGAUACCCUGUGGACUGUCAUACUGGUGUGAGAGCAAGAGCGGUGGCGAUCAUCCUCCAUGCAUUACGACGGAGAUGGGUGCAACAGCGUCAACCGACUGUCCCGGCUCUAGUGCAGGAGGAGGAGGAGGAGGUGGAAGUGGUGGCGGUAUGCUCGGUCUGUCAGGGAUCACUUCAACGUCAUCGGGGGCUGCGGGAGCCACUACGACCCCGUUAUCCUCGGGAGGAGGUCUGGGCUACGGGCCGAUGUGCGGCCCUGGCGGCGGUGUUGGUAGUUCCGGUAUCGGUGGUCCCGGGGCUGUGGUGCGCGAAAGGCGCAAGAAAGUGACGGGUUUCGCGACGUUAAAGAAAAAACUCAUCCGACGACGCCGCUCGUCGAAAGCCUGUGAUCAUGGACGGGUGCUGCGUGAGUUCGUGUCUAGCUGGAGUCCGAUGGAGCUGUCCGCACUGCUGGAGGAGUAUGAGUCGCUGGCCGCACUGAAGGACCUCUCGGUGCAGGCUGAGUUGGCCCGCCCGCCCGCUACCACCUUCAAGCAGGAUCUGGCUUCGCUGUACGAUUUCCGGCAUUGCACCGACUGCGAUCUAGUGUUUCGCGGGACCGUGUUCCCGGUGCACCGGGCAAUACUGUCCGCACGCUGUUCUUACUUUCGGGAUCUGCUCGCUGGGUGCCCCGGAUAUGGGGCACGUAUCUGCCUGGAGCUACGUUCUUCACCGGUCGAUGUGGCCAUGUUUUCGUCGCUUCUUCGCUACCUUUACACCGGCGAUCUCUGCACGCACGAUCCGAGCAUCGACGUCAGUUUGCUGCGCCGGCUUGGAGAAGAUUUCGGAACGCCCAAUCCGCUGGAAAACGAUCUGCGAUACCUGCUGGAAACGGGGGACUAUGCGGAUGCAGCCAUUGUGUUCACGUCGGAGGGUGGUGACUACCAUCGACCCGAUUCCGGGAGCUCAGAGUACGGUUUUCGGCCGAAGCUGGAGCUUCCUUGCCACAAAGCGAUUCUGAGCGCUCGGUCGCCGUUUUUCAAGAACAUGAUACAGCGAAGGACACGGAACGUGAGCGAAGAGCAUCAGCUGCACGGUACGGAUCGGUCACUGCACGCGACAACACGCAUCGUGCUGGACGAGAGCGUGAUUCCGAAGCGCUAUGCACGGGUGUUGCUGCAUGCCAUCUACCUGGACACGGUCGAUUUGUCGUUGAUACUGCGCGGUAACGGAUGUGGUAGCGGCGCGGGGAGUCUGGGUGAGGUGCAGGCACUUACGCACACGGGCCGGGCACGGCCGUCUCCGUUGGAGGAGGCGAUGGAACUGUACCAGAUUGGCCGGUUUCUCGAGCUGGAUAUACUGGCGCAGGGCUGUGAGGAUUUGAUACUCGAGUGGCUGUCACUGGAAACGCUGGCUACCGUGUUGCGGUGGGGCAGCCAACCGCACGGGUCAGCCUGGGUGUACCGGCAGGCGUGUCACUAUUUGCGCGAAGAGUUUUCGGCGAUCGUUGGCUCGCCGGUCCUCUUCCAGCUGGACAAAUCGCAGCUGAUCGAGGCUCUGCAAAACAAUUUCCUGCAGGCAUCGGAGCUGGAGGUGCUGCAGGCGGUGUUGAAAUGGGGCGAGCAGGAGUUGAUCCGUCGGAUGGAGGACCGGGAACCGAACCUUCUCAGUCACACGGCCCACUCCGUAACGCGGAAGGGUAUUAAGAAGCGCGACUUGAGCGACGUGGAGCUGCGGGAGAUACUUUCGGAGCUUCUGCCGCAUGUGCGCAUGGAUCACGUGUUGCCACCGAACAACGAGAUCCUCAAUCAGGCCAUCCGGCGCGGAUUGGUGAGCACACCGCCGUCACACAUGAUCGGCGACGAGCGCGAGAGUCUGCGAAUUAAUGCGUGGAUUCGGGGUGGCAAAAAUCAUGGAUUGUUCGUGCGGCCACGGCUGUUUAUGCCAUACUACGAAGAGGUGAAGGUGCUGCUAGAAGAUCACAUUGCCUCGCAGCAGAUCGAGCUGCUGCGGAUGCGACGGGCGCGCCACAUGCCCGACAUUCCCGAUACGCUCUACAUGGUGUCACGGUUAAACAGUAACACCGGCACCAACCUCGGUGGUGGAUCGGCGGCCGGAGUUGAUGUAGUCGCAGCGACCUCCGCCUCGAUUCCUGCGCCUGACGCUCCGACGAUGGAAUUGAUGCAGAAACGGGAGCAAAAGCUACGCCAAGCUCCAGGCUGCCAGCGGGCGCUUGGUUUGUCGCUUUCGAGCCGAUCGGAGAUCAACCGACAGAUCCGGUUGCGCGUCGUGCGGGAGUUUAACUUCCCGGACGAGGUUGCCGAAUUACUCGAGUGCGCCAAUUGUUACUGCACCGACGGGGAGGCGAAUGGAGCGGAGGAACACAAAGUGACACAGGAUUACGAUCAAGACGAUCACCACCACCACCACCAUCACCACCAUCACCAUCAUCAUCAUUCGCAGCAGAAUCGUCAUCAGCAUCAUCGGCACCACGAUCUGCACGCUAGCCAGCAAUCGUUGGACGAUGAGUCGACGCCGCCCCCUUCGCCAGCUCUGCCCGGCGACAUUGGGCCGCAAGCCGUGCCCUGCUUCGGUCGGAAUAUGACAUUCCCCCGCCAACAACCGACGGUCCCAGGGCAGUCGUACUCCGGUCAGCAGCACCAGCAACCGUCACACCAUCCUCCGCUAUCGCAUCAGCAACAUUCGUUGCUUUCUCACGGUACUGGGACAGGAGGAGGUACCGGUGUCGGCGCUGGGUUACAUGCGUCCGUGUCCAACAAUCCCCUGGGGCUGCUGGGAACGCACCGGCGUCAGGAGCUUCCAUCUGUUAUACCGGGCGGUGACAUAGUGGCGUACCGUUUAUCGGCACCGGCCGGUGGCGGAGUCGGCGGUUCUGCCGGAGGCGGAGGUAGCGGUGUCGGUGGGGUUGGGCUAGACCUAGGUGAAAUAGGUGCGUGUUCAGAUGGCCACCUGUCCGACGUAAUGCCAGACGUGGCAAUGGCCACGGCUUCACUCGGACAGCUUCACCUGGGCGGAGGAAGCGGCAUAAACGGUGGUGCAGGUGGAAAUGGUGGUGCGGGAAGCUUGGGAAAUGGUGGAAGUUCCAGCUCAGAUGUCCACGAAAGCCUUCACCUGGAUCUGGGCGACGGACCGAGCCACAUGAUCGGUGCCGCGGCGAUUGGUGGAUUACAUCACAAUAUUUCGCAACACCAUCGUUUGCCCCCUAGUGGUCCAGCACCGGCCACCAGCACGUUCCAUCAUUACAUGACACGAAACCUGUUGAACCCAAUCCAUCCGUCGAAUUCGUCCCAGCAAUCGGCGCAACAAUCGUCCCAUCAAUCGACGGCAUCCACAUCGGGCUCGUCGGGCUCGUCGAUGUCGAUGAUGGCCCAUGCGGCUUCUCACGGUUCCCAAGCGUCUCUGUCUUUGGCUGCCACUAAUCACCAACAACAACAGCAGCAUCAUGCCUCACAGCAGCAGCUGCUGAGCGUAGCGUCGUCAUCCCAGCAGCAGCAACAUCAACCGUCGCAGCAACUGCCAUCGUCGUCUUUGGCCCAACGAUCUUCCUCGCCGUACACACUGCAUCGAGCCAGUCCGAGUUUGCCGCAUAGUUCAUAUCACUCUGGACCACCGCGCUUCUUAUAGAAACGGCUGCAAGUAUUUCCCGAUCGGAGUUGCCUGUUCGUUAUGCCUUUCUAAGCAAACAGAAACAAAUAAAAUCGAGAACAACCCACAUGGAACACCUUAGUGCCGAUGGCACACAGGUUGCAAUGUGAUGAAUGUUGUUACCAAUACGGAACCGGUAACGACGACGCCGUGGCUCCUAUGCAACUGCGCGUUUACAACUCCAUCAGCAAAACAGAACAAAAUAGAAAGGCAUAUGGUACGAUAGAAACUAAUCACUUGUGGUUCAGUACGAUAUUUUUUUGGGUAACAACAGAAAUGCAUUAGUUAAAACGAAUCAAACUAUUGAUAAAAUAUUAAAAAAAUAAUUAACUCCUUACGAACUACCGAAACUCGAAGCGACGAAAGAGCAGAAAGACCAGCAGUAAAAAUUGAACAACAUAGGGGCCGGCAACGGACAAAUUGAGUCACAACAGUAAUACAACAACAUAGAAACAAACAUAUGCAGCAGUCGUGGAUGGGAGGAACAGUGGCAGAUCGAAAAUACGACUCUAUUACUAUGAUCAUAUGGAUAGCAGUAACAAGUACGGUAAUUAACACAAUAAUUAAACAAAUAACGUCUUAAUAUCGAUUAGAAAGAAAGCAAGGUGUAUCCAUAAUGGCAGCGUGGCCGAUAUUUGAGUGUAUCGUCGUGUAUGGAACCGAAUGAACGUAGGAAACAACCUGCGCUUAGGUUGAACAUUAGGUGUCAAUGGGUUGCAACGCAACGCAACGCAAGUGCGCUCAUUUGGCAUGAAUCAUCCAAUAGCAAGGAAAACUUUGAAUGAGACGUAGAGAAAGGUGUACAAAAGUAGAACCGAAAGAACACGGCCCCCACUGAAGAAGGAAAGCGCUAUUUAUUAACUCGAAAUAAGCAGUUUGAUGGCAAUUUCAAUGCACGCGAUUCUAUUGGCGCCAUCGGCGCUGACGCAAAUUUUCAACACGUUUGUUCGAAAAACGAUAAAAAGAUGUUCAAAGUGCAUUAAAAUCUUAUAAACUAAAAUGCAUAGCACUGUUCGUACUGUUCAGUUUCAGUUUCAAGCUGAAUGGUGUGAAAGGACAGCGGUGUAUUGUAUGUGAUCGAAGUAGAUUUAUUUAUAUUCUUAAUAAUAUUAUUAAUAUCAUUAUUAUUUUUGCUAGAAGUUUAUUUUAUCCACUCACGUUUCAUUCUUUCUUGUUGAUGAGUUCGUUGAAGUUGAUAAGACGAAAGGGCGGAGCCUUUUUUGCAUUCUUGUUUGUAUGCUAGAACUGUAAGUAUCCGAACGCGGAUCCGUACGGAGGAGGUGUAGUGCAUUAGGUGUUUAUUUAUUUCUCGACUUUUAGAUAAAUGACAUAUUUGAUUUUCAGCGUUAUUUAAGAUAUUCGAUUUUGACAUUAGUUGAUUGAACUUCAUGACAGUUUUUGUGUUUCUAGCUGUCGCUGAUAUGCAUGAGAUUAAAACGGAUAUUUCCUUCAAUUUUGCGAGCAUCGUAACUAGGGCAAUAUUUCCACGAUGGAUUCGGUUUCUAUUUUCCUUCUUGGUGGAAAAUACCCAUGUACAAUGAAGAGUGGCGGAAGGUGUUAAUAUAAGAUACAAAAUUUAUUGUAAAUAAAGCACUCUUUCAUGUGUUGAUUGUAAGUCGAAUGUAAAGUAACCGGUUUACUACGAAUAACUCCCACUCAUGAUAGUGACAACGAUAUAGCAAAAUAUGAAUGGCAAAAAGGGCGAAAAAGCGUAACAGGCCAAGGAUGGAAAAAUAAGAAGCAAAACCAGCCCAAUAACAUCGAAUGUUUAAAGCGAUAACCUUGCAAAACAACUGGCGCCGAGAAAAAAAAGAAAAGUACUCACACACAUACCUUACAAACAUACUUAAAGCAAGCAAUUAUUCAAACAAAACAUACAAAUUCAAAGGAUGCUGCCAAUUCACUUGACACCUUAUAUAUGCAGAAAGAGGUUCGAGCAGUAAAGCGGUAGAGUCUGAGCUCAAACAACAUCGAGGGCACGUAUAGUACCGUGAUAAACACGCGUGGUCAACGCAUCAUUGGGACAUCUGCAACGGCGCUGGCGUUUGACCACAAGCGCGUUUGUACACGCUGCUAUAGUAAAGAAUCAAAGUUACGAAGAAAGAUGUUUUAAAUGCCAAUGUAAACGUUGGUACAAACAUGAACAGAUAAAAAUAAGCUAAAACGACAUGACCCGGUUGGGAAUGAAAGAACCAAUUGCAACUCGUACAAAAGGGUCGAUUCUGGCACAGGUAGCUCAAAGACAAGUACACAUUUAGAUAAGGCCAAUCAAGCAGUCGAAAUGCGGCGUCUCCAUUCCUCUCUUACCUUAUCUUGUGCAUAAAAGUGGAGCCUCGGAACUGCAUUUCCUCCGAGAGAGAGAGAGAGAAUCGUAAUGGUGAAUAAUGCAACCUAUAUAACAAAAUGCUAUAACUAUUUAAUGGAGUCACGAUACGAGCUGGCGCAAAAAGGGCCUGUCGCUGGCAAAGGGAUAAACAUAUUAGGUAGGGAGUGCGGAGCUGCAACCAUUAUUCCUCUGUCCGUGCGGGACAAUGUGAAAUCACUUGAAAAUAUGAAGGAAAGUGGAAGGAACAUUGCGCAUACGCGAUUCGUGGGAACCACGAAUAAAGAGAAACAAAAAAGUAAGAGUGACGAUG